AUAUCUCGCAAAGUAAUAGAUUAUAGAAUAAAUGUAAAGUUAAAGCGCGUGACACAAGUGACAAGUUAAUGUCAACUUAUAUAUUGAACUCUCUCCGAUUAGUCUUCCUAAUGUAAUGCGAUGCAAUCAACCAUUAAACAUACAAAACGCAAAGAGCGUCAAGCGGAACAAUGGUGACAAUAAAACAUGGCACUGACAAGCAUAAACACGAUUUCAUAGCAAUAUCGUUGAUGGAAGACUUUAAAAGGUGCGACUUCUUACCGGGAUCCGUUAGUUGAACAAAACUAGUCUGCAAAAUGCAUAUUUCUCUUUUCUUGGUUGUAAUUUGUGCUUUGGUUGAAAGUUAUGGCGAAUUGGUACCUGUACUGUCCGCUGAAGAGGAAGAUAUGCGUAUAUCACUAGCAAAAUGCAUUUCGGAAGCAAGCGAUCAAAAUUUCAAACCGUUUGAAGUGAUUACUAUUUCAUUGGCGCCCAUUUUAAACGAUACUAGUUAUUACCAAUCAACAGCAUUAGACGGAUUGUUACUCCCGGAACUUUUCGAUAAGAAUAAAUGGACUCUUUUGGUUAAGCAGCCAUCUUGGGGACGGCCUUCUAUGUUUCAGAGCCACACAUAUUUAACGUUUACAAAGUCCGAUAGCUAUGUUAUACAGUUGAAUGAUUUCACUAAAAUAGAAAAUCAAUUACACUAUCUCAAACGCCAUCCAUCAUGGAACCCACAUGCAAAGUUCAUCAUCAUCCUCACUUCGUACUAUGAAAACGAAGGACAUCUCUUGGAAUUCAUCACACGUAGAAUGUGGUGGUGCGAUAUCUUGAACGGGGUUAUCAUCCUCGCAGAUAAGAAUAAAGCGGCAAAUUUUAACAUUUACUCAUGGUUUCCGUUCUCAGAUGGAUCCUGCGGUAACAAAUUCAACAAGUUGCUACACAUCGACAGUUGUUACGAUGGGGUAAUGACCAAUAACACCGAUUGGUUUCCGAAUAAACUUCCGCCUAAAAUGAAUAACUGUACAAUCCAUGUACGCACAUUAGACUACCCACCUUACAUUGUAAAACCGCAAAGAGUAGGCAACACAUCGUACUAUCACAUUCGUAAAGGAUUAGAAGCGCAGUUGAUGAAUCUAGUUGCUAGCACUUGCAAUGUGUACAUGCAGUAUGAGAUUGUGAAGAAUGACAGCGUAGGAGACUUUGCCUGGCCUGCGAAUCAAUCUACCGGAUUGAUGGGGGCUUUGAAACGUGGUGAUGCUGAUAUUGCUGUUGCGUCUCUUUCUGCCACAUGGCAAAGACACUUAAAUCUAGACUCAACCUCAGCGUACUUUCAAGAUUCGGUUGGGUUUUGUGUCCCACAUUCAGAUGAAACAUCACAAUGGGAGAAAUUAAGUGGUAUCAUGGAUAGCAGUAUAUGGUUUGGUGUGAUUAUCACCGUAGCAGUUUUCAUAGUAAUAAUCAAGUUUCUAAGCCACCAAAAAAUUAAUCCUGAAGAAAGGCCGAUCUAUGCUGAUGGUGGUAAUGUUGCAAUGAAAAUUUUAGCAAUUUCAAUUGGUAACGCUGUUAAUCUUCAACCAAAAUCAAACCAAGUACGAUUUUUUCUUAUGAUGUGGAUUAUCUUCAGUCUACAAUUUGAUACCGCAUACCAAACGUAUUUAAUGAGUGCGCUAACCAACUUAGAAUACAGUUUUCAGAUUCGCACCGUAGAUGACAUCUUGGACAGUGACCUUGAAGUGCUCUUUAGACCCGAUGAUAUGAAAUAUUUUAUGGGAUCCUCAACAACCAGGCAAUCGCAAGAAAUUGUUGCAAGGUGGAAGGUAUGCAAUGAUCUUGAUGAAUGUCUACGAAGAACUGCGUACAAAAAAGACUCUGUAAUUGCCGCGUCACGUUUGUACAUUCAGUACGCAAAAAGUAGUUAUAUUUCAAAGACAGGUCUACCUUUGUUAUUCUGUAUUCAGGAACAGAUUGUUAGCUUUCCAGUGGUUGCCUAUAUGAGACAUGGAUUUCCUUUACAGCACAAGUUCGACAACAUCAUUAGUAGCAUUAAUAGUGCUGGUUAUCUUCAAAGAUUCGAACAGGAUUUGUUUCAAGAGAAGAAUUUCACUGGUGGUUUUAAGAAUACAAGCACUGAAGAGGAUUUCUUGGACGUUGAUGUUAAAAAUAAGCUGUUGACCUUUGGACAUAUCAAACCUAUAUUUAUGAUGUUAUUUGGAGGUUAUGUUAUAAGUAGCUUUGCGUUUCUAAUGGAACUAUUUCUUUAUAAAUAUGCCCAUCGUUUAAAAACAUUUUUUAGACACAAAAUAGGUUAAUUUUAUUGGUUGCCUAUAUGCAACCAACUAUACAAUGUCUCAUUUGAUCUUAAUUCCUUUGUAGAAUCUUGAAUAUUAUUA